AUGUCGCUCAAAAAGUUCGUCAUGUCUGGUAUUCAAGAUGUUCUGGAAAGCAAACUUGGAGGCAAAUCGUCAUCGCAGCAGCAGCAAUCGCACAACUCUUCUGAAGGCACUAGUAUGCAUCCAGGUGGCUAUCCACAACAGCCAAACUACGGCAACGCCGGCUAUAAUCCGCAACAACCGCCGCCGCCGAAUCAGCCGCAAUAUGGAAACGCCGGUUAUCCGCAAGCGCCGCAAUACGGUUUUCAACCGGGCGGCUAUCCGCAACAAAAUCCCGGAUAUCCAUCACAGAAUCCCGGAUAUCCGCCACAAAAUGCCGGCUACCCGCCUCAGAAUCCCGGAUAUCCACCACAAAAUGCCGGCGGCUAUCCGCCACAGCCCGGAUACCCGUCACAAUAUGCAUCACAAACGCCCAAUUUCUACCCAAAUCAGGGAUUCAAUCAGCCAGUGAUGCUCGGAACACCGUCGAUCGUGCCGACGCCGGGAUUCAACGCCAACGCCGAUGCCGAAGUGCUGCGAAAAGCGAUGAAGGGCCUUGGUUGCAACAAUACCAAAGUGAUCGGCGUGCUCUGCCAGCGGACCAACGCCGAGCGUCAGGAAAUCGCGCGCGCCUUUAAAGUAAUGUACGGUAAAGAUCUGAUCAAGGAGCUCAAAGGCGAACUUCACGGCGAUUUCGAGGAUCUCAUUCUGGCGCUCAUGGAGCCACCAGCAAUUUACGACGCCAAACAACUCCAUCGGGCCAUCGACGGCAUCGGAACCAAAGAAUCCGUGCUCAUCGAGAUUAUGACCUCAAGAACCAAUAGUCAAAUUCAAGCGGUUCGCGACGCCUAUCGAGCAUUGUACAGAAGAGAACUCGAAAAGGAUUUGAUUGGCGAUACCAGCGGACACUUCAAGAGACUCCUUGUGUCAUUGUGCGCCGGAGGAAGAGACGCAUCACAAAUGACCGACGCCCUCAGAGCUAACCAGGACGCUCGAAGGUUGUACCAAGCUGGUGAGAAGCGGCUCGGAACUGAUGAAUCGACCUUCAAUGCGAUUCUUGCCAGUCAGAAUUUUAAUCAAUUAAGACUUGUAUUCGAAGAAUACGCAAAGGUGGCGAACCAUCAAAUCGAGAAGGCCAUCGAGUCGGAAUUCAGCGGCGACGUUCGUGACGGCCUUCUGGCAAUCGUCUCAGUCGUCCGCAAUCGGCCCGCCUUCUUCGCCAAACUUCUUCACGAGAGCAUGAAGGGUCUCGGCACACGCGACACCGAUCUCAUUCGCCUCUGUGUGACUCGCGCCGAAUACGACAUGGCCGACAUUCGCAACGCGUUCUCCGCUCUCUACCGCACCUCGCUCGAGAAUAUGAUCAAGGGCGAUUGCUCGGGCGCCUACAAGGACGGACUCAUCGCAUUGGUGAAAGGCAACAGAAAUUAA